UCGAAAAUUAUCCAUGCUUCAUUUUCAAUUUUGUCUUGAUCUUGGAUUUCGACCACAAUAAAUUGAUUCCCUGAAUUAGAAUACUACUUCGACAUGAAGUUAACCCUUGUGCUUUUUCGCCGCAAUCGCCUGCCUAAUGGCCACCUGUUUAGAGGAAAAGAUAGACUAGUCAAACGAGUGGAGCCUAAACAUUUACGCCGACUAAAGGAGGAUUUCGCUGUAGAAGAACAAAACAUGUUUUAUUUACGGUUCCCGUAUUUGACAGAAGCUGAAAGUUCCGGUCACACCAAAGCCCUAGGGAAACCAGAAAUGAAAAAAGAAAAGAUUUUGGACAACUCAAGAAGGAUUUUCAAGCAAGAUGUUACACUUUAUGAGAGACUACAACACUUACGAGUCAAAGAGUCAUGGGAUUAGUUGGUAUUAGUAAGAAACACAUUAUAUUUUAACAUAGGAUAUUGUAUUAGCAUGUAGUUGAAAUAAAGAAUAUUGAAAUAA